CAAAGCGCAAACAAAACGAAUAAAAGCUAAAAAAGCAAAAAAGCCAAACAAGGAGAAGAACAGAGGUUGCAGGCCAUUUUUUACUUCCUCUUCUCCUCUCCCAAAUUUCUAUAAUUUUCUUUUCUUUUUUCUCUCUGGUUUCAGAGAGAAAAAAGAAAAGAAAACCCGGGGGAAAGAAAUAAGAAAUAAUAACGUAGAGGCAGAAAGGAGGGAAGAUAGAGAAGGGGGAAAGUUAAAGGAGCUGCUUCUUCUUCUCUCUGUCUCUCUUUCUGGUCCUGUUCCUGUUCCUGUGUACGUUUCGUUGGGGGGAUCAGAAUCGGAGCUUCGUUUCCGCCAUUGCGAGAACACAGAAUGGAGGCUGCUUGUGAUUCUUCUUCGGGAUCUGCCUUGCUCAUCCUCGUCUUCUUUUGAUCUUCGCACUCGGUAGCAUUGUUUCACUAUAACUUGUGAAGACGAAAGAAGACCGGUGUGGGGGAAGAUGAACGUUCAACCUCAAAGGAACAGAAAUGAGAUGGGAAUAUAUGCCAGAUUUGGAAGUGUAGCACGUCCAAGAGAACCAAAGUUUGAAGAUAAUGGUUAUGGUAGCGUGAAGUCACUGGUUGAGUGGUUGAACAAUCUGUUUCCCUAUUUGGAUUUACCGCCAGAGGCAACCGAGGAGGAGCUGAGAGACUGUUUGAUUGAUGGCACUGUCUUGUGCAGCAUCCUGAACAAACUAAGACCUGGUUUGAUUGACAUGAGAACCAGUUUCAGGCCUGGGGCGGACUAUCUCAAGAGGUUUCUGGAUGCAAUGGACGAAAUGGGACUUCUUAGGUUUGUACUUGAAGACAUACAACAGGGUUACAUGUUGCCUGUACUGCAGUGCCUUGGGACACUUAAGGAGCAUUUAAAAAAUUCAGAUAUUCAUUCAAGAAGAAGAGGGGAUGUACAUGAGGUGGAGCUUUCAAACAGAGCUGAUCAUUCUCAACGUGGUUCAUCAUUUAACUCGGAUAACUUAGCUGUCAAUGGUGAAGACAAGCAUAAGAAUCCCAGCAAUGACACAGAUCAACAUGGUCAUUUGACUUCUGUUUCACCAGAGCCAUCUCCUUCUCUGGUACCUGAUGCCGGGAACAAAUUCUCCGAGGUGUUGAAGCAAGGUUUAUCUGGUGAGCUUUCGGAUGAUAACAUUACAAAGCUGAUAAGUUCAAGUAGCGUGGAUAAUGAAUCAACCCACAUGUUGUUCAGUUUUCUGAACCAGAUACUUGAUGAAACCAUUGACAAAAAAGACGGGCAUGCUUAUCAUAUGGCAAGGAUGUUGAAGCAAGUCGUGCAAAUUAUUGAACAAAGAGUGUCUGCUCAAGCUGAGAACUUGAAAGAUCACAACAAUCUUUGUAGGGUUCGCUCUGAAAAGUACCAGUCUAGAAUAAAAGUAUUAGAGACCCUUGCUUCAGGGAGCACAGAAGAAAUUGAGGUUUUGCUUUCACACCUAAAACAGAUAAAGAUGGAGAAAACUGAAAUAGAAGAGAAGGAAAGGCUCAAAAGCCGAGAUCUGGCUACUUUGAAUGAAGAAAAGAAUUCAUUAGGGAUCGAGAAUUUUGCAUUGAAACGCGAACUGGAGACACUGAAGAGGACACAUGAAGAGCAUUGUUUGCAGAUAGAAACCCAAGCUAAGGAAAUAAAUCAAGCAUUGGAAAAGAAGGCACACGAUCUUGAGCGCUAUUUAAUGGAGUCAAAGAAGAGGGUGAAACAGCUCGAGUCCUUUUCAGAAUCUAAAUCAGAGGGAUGGAAGAAGAAAGAAGAGACCUUCAGACUUUUCCUCAACAAUCAUCAGAGAGCUUUGCAGGAACUGAAAAUAGCUUAUGCCUCUGUCAAACAAGAAGUGAGGAUGACAAAGAGGAGAUAUGCAGAGCAGUUCUAUGGCUUGGGUGGGCUUAUUGUUUCGUUAUCUUGUCUCUUUUAACUGGUAUGUUUUGGUAGACACCAAAUAUUUUUUCAUGAGACAUUUACUUUCCGUUCUGAUAGGUAUGGAGCUUGAAGGAGUAGUGCAUGCUGCUGACAAUUAUCAUUCUGUUCUUGCGGAAAAUCGAAAAUUAUACAAUGAAGUGCAGGACUUGAAAGGAAACAUAAGAGUUUAUUGUAGGGUAAGGCCGUUUCUUCCAGGGCAAUGUAAGAAUCUAACAACCGUAGAGUAUAUUGGUGAAAAUGGUGAAUUACUCGUCUCAAAUCCGACAAAGCCAGGGAAAGAUACCCAUAGGAUGUUCAAAUUUAACAAGGUUUUUGGUCAAGCUGCAAGUCAAGAGGAAGUGUUCUUGGAUACUCGGCCAUUAAUUAGAACAGUUCUUGAUGGAUUCAAUGUGUGUAUUUUUGCGUAUGGUCAAACUGGAUCAGGGAAGACAUAUACAAUGAGCGGUCCUAAUAUGUCAUCUAAAGAAGAAGAUUGGGGAGUCAAUUAUCGAGCAUUACGUGAUCUUUUUCAUAUUGCUCAAAGUAGGAAAGGCUCUAUGACAUAUGAGAUUGGUGUUCAAAUGGUGGAGAUAUAUAAUGAACAAGUCCGUGACCUUCUCACGUGCCAUGGUUCUCAUAAAAGGCUUGGGAUUUGGAGCACAACCCAACCAAAUGGGUUAGCAGUUCCUGAUGCCAGCAUGCAUCAAGUAACCUCGACCGAAGAUGUCUUGGAGUUGAUGAAUAUCGGGUUCAUGAACCGUGCUGUUGGUGCCACUGCCUUGAAUGAAAGAAGUAGCAGAUCACACAGCAUACUCACUAUCCAUGUCCGUGGCGUGGAUUUGGAGUCUGGCACAAUCUUGCGAGGGAAUCUACACUUGGUAGAUCUUGCUGGCAGUGAAAGGGUUGAUCGGUCUGAAGUAACUGGCGAGAGACUUAGGGAGGCACAACACAUAAACAAGUCCCUCUCUGCACUUGGGGAUGUCAUAUUUGCCCUUGCACAAAAAAGUCAACAUGUCCCAUAUAGAAACAGCAAACUUACUCAAGUUCUUCAGAGUUCUCUAGGUGGUCAAGCCAAGACCCUUAUGUUUGUGCAGCUGAAUCCCGAUCUUGAUUCAUAUUCCGAAACUUUGAGCACGUUGAAGUUUGCUGAGAGAGUUUCUGGAGUUGAGUUGGGGGCUGCAAGGAGCAACAAGGAGGGAAGAGACAUUAGAGAACUUGCGGAUCAGGUUGCGUUGCUAAAAGAAACCGUUGCAAAGAAAGACGAUGUGAUUGAGAAAUUGCAGCAGCUCAAGAUUAACACCAAUGGCCCAAAGUCUGUCCGUUUUGAUUCCUCUCCAAGAAGAUUCUCAGUUGGGGGAAAUAUUCGGCUCAGUCCCAAGUCACCGGGAAGGAAAACCUCACCACUCUCUGAUAGGGAAAUCGACAUAUACUCCGAGUUUGGUGAAAAGCUUUCUGAUGUGCGAUCACUGCCGCCUUCAAUAGAUGAGUUAAAACAUGGACAUAGGGGACCUUUGGCAGCACAUCGAAGGCCAAUGACCGGUUUACCAACCAAGUUUACUGAAGCAAAGGCGGGCCAGAAUUCCAAUGAAGAUGUCGAGCUCUUCGGUUUUGGAGGAAGUGGAGAUUCGGAUGAGAGAAUAAGUGACAUAUCGGAAGGCGGGCUCUCAAUGGGAACUGACACUGAUGGUUCUUCUGGUAAUGCAGCUCAAGCUGAAGCAACAAGCCCGUCUAGAAUUGCGAAUUCGGUAGAAACCACCACCAGACUCUCUGGUAAUGCAGCUCAAGCUGCAAGAUCUACUCCAGCUGCAGGGAUGAGACAACCAGAGAAUUAUAGUAAUACUGAAAGGCGUGGUGUUACAUAUAAGCUCCCCAAGCCAUCUCCAAAGGUGGCACAAACGAGAGUAUCUCGUUUGUCAUUGCAGAAGCCAGCUGCUCAUGCCUCAAAGUUUCAAUCAAUAGCCACGUCGACGACCCCCAGGAAACCUACGGCGACUACAGGAGGUAACUCCACAUCAGCAACCAGAUCGAUCAGGCAAACGGGGCUCAGAACUGAAAGAAGUUUCUAGUUUGUAAUCUAACUCCUCCACGCUUGCUUGUUUAACUUUCUUCCUUGUAGGCUUUUUUAAUGUAUUCUUCUUACUAGUCUUCCAUUCACCUCAUGGAAAAGGGUAUUUUUUCUUGGGUAUUUUGAAACUGGAUGAAGGAUGGACAUUCGAAUGAUCUUUGUAGAAUGAAAAUUGUUGUAUAUACUAAGGAAAAAGAACAAAAGAAAAGAGCAAGAUCAUCUGAUUAGUUGGUUGUUAAAUGAAAGUGAGGUCCCCCUCACCAACUUUUGUAGUACUGUAGAAUUGUUGUCUACCCUUGAGCAAAAUGAAGAAAACACAAGUUGGCUAAGGGAAGCGAAAGAAGAACAACAAAAGAAAUGGUUUCUCAAUGAUCUUAGCCGAGCUCUGCUAUUACACCAUGUCAACGGAGCUAUCGGUUUAGGCAGCUGAACUGGUGUCUCUGGAUAAAGCAUCUCUACCUCGGAAUCAAAAUAGACACCUUUCUUCCAGUCUGUUUCUGCCAUCACCAUUACUUAAUAUAUAACAUAUAAACUAAAACUUUAUCUUACGUAAUAAAUGUAGAAACGGUAUUAUGUAAAUCUUCUGUAACAUUUGACAAAUUUUACAUAAUGAAGUUGAACAUCGAGUUAUGUAAGGUGUAAGGCCGUUACGGAAGGUCUGCGUAACUCAAUGUCAAUAUGUUACAUAAGAAAUAAUUAUUGCUCCAUAGCCUUUAUGUAAUCCAUGUGUAUCGUAACUAAUAAUUGUUGAAUGAUAUUAUUACGUAACCCUUAUGUAAUGGACGC